AUGAAGGCUGCAACUAUCACUGCCAUCCUAGCUCCUGCGGCUAUGGCCAACGCCGAGUGGUGGGGAGGAGCCCCUGGCUGUGCUGCUACUUGCAUGUCCUCAGCCUGGAACAACGCCAACUCAUGGCCGUCGGCGACGUCGUUCUGCGCCGGCGCUACCCCGACCGUCGCCGCGUGCGUCUCGACCGCCUGCGCCGCCACGCCGACCGCGUGGUCCAGCUUCUCGGCCAUGUCCUCCAACCUCUGCAGCCAGUGGUCGUCGUGCACGGCCAGCGGGCCCAACGCGGUCCGCACCAUAACCGCGACGGCCGGCACCUGGGGCGGCGGUUGGUUCAACGACGCGGCCAGGGGCUGGGACGACGCCAGCCGCAAGGAGUGGGAGGACAAGUGGAAGAGCCGCGGCGGGCCCUUCCCCUGGAAGCGCGACGGUCCCCCCUUUGGCGGCCCCGGUGGCCCCAAGGCCCUGGCCUCGGGCCAGGUCUACACCGUGACGGGCUGCGACUGGAACGACGGCUACUGGGGCGGCUUCGGCUGGGGCUCGGGCUUCGGCGGACCCUGGGGCUGGGGCACCGGCUGGACCGCCAUGGCCACCUCGACCGGCCUCGUCACCCGCACCAUCACCAGCAACGGCGCCGUCGUCACCACCACCGAGGCCGCCACCGUCGGCGUCGCUGUCAGCGGCACCGUCACCACCACCUCCACCUUUGGCUUCGUCCAGGCCCAGGCCACCGCCACGGGCACCAGUGACGCCGGUCGCGUCGCUGCCAACGGCGCCAAGGUCGUCGGAGCCGUGCUCGGUGGUGUCGUUGGCGUUGCAGCGCUUCUGUAA